AUGUCGGCCGGGAUGACAGAGACCGCGCGGCCAACCAGCCCUGGAAGCGCCGCCACCACGGCUGCCACAGACUCCCGGUCCUUCCUGCAGACCAUCGCCCAGCUCCGGGCGACACAGCUUUUCCUCCAGCGGAGCACCGCCCCCGGCGACGAGCGCGACGACUCCUCCCUCUCCACGGCGUAUGACUACUUGCGGCAUGUGGACUCGGUGGCCCUGUCGCCAGGUCCGGCUGCUGCCGCGGCGGCGGCCGCCGCGGCCAUCGCCCCGGCUCUCGGGCCGGCCACCGUGUCGCCGGCGCCGGGCUCCGCAGGAGGUGCUCCCUCCCCGAUGCCCGGUGAUCCGGGCGUCGGGACUCCCACCCCGGGCGGGCUGACUCUCACGCUGUCGGGGCUCGGGGCGAGGCCGGGAUCUGCGGCUGCUGCCGCCGCGCCGGCCGGCGAGUUGGACCACGCGUCCAAGCUCGCCGCCGUCGGGGUGGCCUUCGGCCAGUUGCCCGAGCGUGAGGCGCACCAAGGGCUCAGCUCGGACGGCGCGCACCAGCACCCAGGCGACGGGGACGAUGUGGCCAUCGGCUUCGUUGAGGACCCGUACGCCAUCGCCGACGAGGCGGCCUACGCCGACGACCCGCACCACCCGCACUCCCACCACCCGGGGCAUCAUCAUCAUCAUCACCACGCGCACCAGGCCGAGGCUGAUGUCCCCGGCGGCCUCGUGAGCUUCGUCCAUGGGGUGAUGGUUGCCCCGGUGCCGUGGGUCCCGUACCCGGCCCCGGCGCCGCCGGGUCCGUCCGAGGGCGGGCCAUCCUCGGCCCCGGGCCCGGUGCCGGCUGCUCCCGCUGGCCAGCGCCGGGUGCUGCGGCUGACCUCCAAGGACUUGGAGUACCUGAUCGGGCCCUUCAAGACGCGCAAGGACCGGAGAGACAAGGACCGAAAGCGCCGGCGGCGGGAGAGGCGCGAAGCGGCUGCCGCGGCCGAGGCCGCCGCUUCCUCGCUGGCUGCCGGCAUCGGACCCACUGGGGACGCCGCCAGCUCCGGGCCACAAUCCUCGCCGGCCGUCGGGGUGGCCCCCAUCCCCGAGGACCAUACCGGCGGCAGUGUGGCCACUCCCGCGCCCGAGAUUCGGCCUCCAUCCAUACGGCUCAACUUCCGGUCCCUGUCGACCCCCGGCAGCAGCGGCCUUUCGUCGCCGGUCAUCGAGUCUCCGGCGGCACAGGACUCGCCGCGGUAGCCUCUACUGCUGCUGCUGCUGCUGCUG